AGCCUCUCGUGCCCUCAUGGGUUUGGAUAACCGGGCGGAACAACAACAUCCGUUAUCGUCACUUCCGUUCGCUGGCAGUCAAACAUGGCGCUGAUACUAAGGACAUUGGCCCGUCAGGGCGUCUGUCUCUCCAGACCACAGUACAGUGUCUUCUACAGACAUGCUGCUCCAAUGGGAACCACAGCUAAGGAGGAGAUGAACAAGUUUUGGGCCAAAAAUGCCAGAUUAAAUCGUCCCAUGUCUCCCCAUCUCACCAUCUACAAAUGGUCUGUCCCCAUGAUGAUGUCCAUCACACACAGAGGGACUGGCGUGGGGCUAAGUGGAGCUAUCUCAGCCUUUGCGGUGGCAGCGCUGGUAUUACCGGGAAAUUACCCAUACUACUUGGACUUGAUCCACUCGCUGACCAUCGGCCCCUAUCUCAUUGGGCUGGCCAAGUUCGGCCUCGCCUUCCCUGUAUCUUACCACACCUAUAACGGCAUCCGCCACUUGUGGUGGGACAUUGGCAAGGGCUUCAAAAUCCCAGAGGUCUACCGCACCGGCUACACAGUGAUUGGUCUGUCCAUCAUCACCUCCAUAGCCUUGGCUAUGCUCUGAGCACAGGAGAAGAGAUGAGCAGAGAGGACAGGAGAGGAGGGAGUUGAAGGGAAUGUGGAUUGGAUGCACUGUGGGGGGUUUGUGUAUAUGUUCUGUUCUGGCCUACUGUGGGUCCUGUUUCAUCAAAGUAUUAAAUAAAAAAUGAUAUUAUGCCCUA